AUGAAAGAUGAGACGCUUGGAAUUCCAAUUCAAGAAUUUGUUGGUUUGAGACCAAAGAUGUACUCCAUCCUAUACACCGAGAACAGUAAGCUUGUAGAGAAGAAGACAGCCAAAGGGAGUAAAGGGAUAGAGAAAUCGGUGACUAAGAAGAAGAUAAGACAUGAUAAUUAUAAAACCUGCUUAUUCGAUAAGAAGCAGACAAAAACCUCCAUGAAUAAGAUUCGCAGUUAUGGUCAUGAAAUCCACUCCAUUAAGUUAAAUAAGAUUGAUUUAAGUCCAUAUGAUGAUAAACGUUUCAUUUUAGAAGACGAUCACACAUUAGCUCAUAGGCAUUAUAAAAUUAGCAAAUAA